CAACUUCCAAAGCUGGCGAGCUCCAAACAACGCAGCUGUCCACCUCACCUGUGCUGCUUGUGCGUAAAAUCUUUCAUCGCUCUUCCUAAUAAGGCUUUUAUUAUCCUUCUCCUCUCAAUAAUCUGGGGCUACAGACUUGAAGUUGCAGACGCUCGUCAUGGCGAACGAAGGCCCUCCUCCCUCCAGGUAUCCUCCGUCAAUGGGCCCCGGUGCGAAACCUGUCAACAAGCCUGGAGAACCAGAAUCAAAAUCCAAGCUGCUUGAAGUCAUGCAAGCAAGGUCCAAAUACCAGGUCUCUGUCGAGCCGGAUACCCUGUCUCUGAGCUACGAGCUCAACAACUCACCGCGCCUCUACCGACUCUCGUUUGAUAAUAUGCCUCUGCAUGGUCUUUCAAGAUGGUGGAUAUACGGCGGAUCUAUAAGGUCGCGAAGGGCUGGCGUCUUAGCUAUUGAUCUCAUACGUGGCUCCGAGAACGUGGUGCAAAGACCGGUCACCCAACAAGAGGCGGAGGCUCUAGCGUAUUGGACUUCGCGAAGACUCCUCUAUGGUUCUCUAGCCACCUUUGCUACCUCUGCGUUUGGAUUCUACCUGGCUCACAGGGGCCGCGCCAAGAUGAAGUUUCCUUUCGUCUCAGCAAAGCCUUUGGAGCGAUACAACAAAUUCCCCCUUCAGCAGAUGCCUCUCAUAACUGGUCAGCUGGCUCAAACGGCCUGGCAGGUAACGAGGUAUGUCAUCUGGAUGGAGCUGUGUUUCCUGGUCGGUACGCCUGUCGUUGGUGCUCUGGGUAGUUUCAGCGCGGCGACAGGGAUGGCUACCGAUCCACGAACUCAAGGGCUCAUUCAAGCGAUGCGAGAAAGGGGCCGCGGCGACAUGAACCGGACACUUUCAAACAUACCAGCAGAAUGGCCCCAACAGCCUCAAGGUCAAGAUGGCAGCCGAGAUGCACCACCCGACUCCCAGUCAUAUUACAAAGACGCCGAAGGCGGCUCCUACCCAGACGGCUCCGCCGUCGACCGCAACCAUGAUGGUGAUGGCUUUUACCAAAGCGGAGCGAGCGACACCAGCAUUUUGGAUGAUUCCAGAAUAAGAGACCGCGAAAUAAAACAACAACAAGAAUACCCAACACGCCAGCCAUCAAGGGAGACCACGUCCUCCACCUCCUCGGCAGACACUGACCCCUUUUUCUUCGACGACGCAUCCCCAACAACCGGGAACGACCCGGACAUGGCGACGCCCUCAGCUUACAAGCGGUCUCCAGGCGGAAGUGCCUGGGAGCGCAUUCGAAGAGGCAAUGCUCCUCCAUCGGCCGAUUCGUCUACGGCAACUUCUGACAUGGAGUUCCGCCGUCAGCGACUCGAGACCGAACGAGCCCGAGAAGCUCGUGCGAAUCAGAUGGCGGAACGAGACCCAGAGAGCAAUCAAGGCAUCUCAUACACCAAUGAGACGGGGCUCGGUAGAGAUGGACGUGCUAGAGAACAGGCGCAACGCGAGUUUGAUGAGAUGUUGGAAAGAGAAAGGAGACAGGGCGGCAGCGAGGACUACGACAGGGGAAUGGCAGCUGUAGAGUCGGGAGAUGAGAGAAGAGCAGGGGAAGGGAUGGGUGCAUGGGAGAGAAGACGGAGGGGGGAUUGAAUUCGUCUGCUACAGGAAGGAAAUAUACUCAAAAAGGAGGAACGCUGAACUGGCAUUCCGGUACGUGUGCCGUUCGAGUUUAUGUGUGCUUGUACAGAGUACUUUGUACCAUAUCAUCCGGAUCGAGGAAAUGUGUUGGUUGGGGACACAAUCACCUCUCUUCUCGCCAGGGCAAUGCCUAUCUAUACCAGGGGAAUCCAGCCCGAAGCUACAAAAUCCUGACUAUUAGUGAGGUACUUUCGUAAGAAAGCCUUCAAAAGUCAAACGCCC